AUGGCUGCAAAUCCACCACCAAGAAACAAUACAGCGCAUAAAAGAAUAAAACAGCAUCAGAAUAGAAUAUACGCCAAUCCACUCCCAGUUCUCAUCGAUCAGAGGCCGUCGACUUUCUUGGCCGGUUUGAGUAGAUUUGGACAGAAAUCGCUAAUUAAUCCGCAAUGCGUGGGCGUGUACAUCAAGCAAACCCAAUCCGUGUGGGUUAUCAACGAGAGAGACGUCAGAGUGCUCUGGACUAGAGGAUUCUUUGGCAAAGGUUCACUUAGCCGCUCUGAGCCAACUUGGAAUGACCGUCAGCGUAAAUUGGCCGUUGGUGACAAACCACAGCCAACUGCUGAAGAAAUUACCUCCAAGAGACGUAUAGAGAGGAACAAAAUGAAGAUUGAAAGAGCAAAGGUCUUAUCUGAAGCUCAGUUGGCCGCUGAGGCUGCUUUGGAGGGCUCUGAUAGUAUAAAACUGUCUCCACCAAUGCCUGCAGAUGACAACGAUAACCUGCCUUUAAAUGAAAAAAGCUCUAAUCCGAUUGAGCCGUCUAGUCCACCGAAGUGGGAACCUCUAGAGCCUGAUACACAAGAAGAACAACAAGAUUUGUCCAAUGCUGAGCAUCUCCAACUCACUCUUCCAGAGGCCUUUUUCUUGGCUUGGGGGAUUGGCUGUCUGAAGAUUGUGGAUCCAUACACGGACGCGGUGAUACCCAUCAAUCAGCUCUGGAAGGAGUGCAGACUAGCUUCAAUGUUCCUUCAAAACGCUCCGGAUUCAAGAGACACUUGCCUGCAGCGCCUCGAUAACCCAUUCCUAGUCAAUUAUGCCAUCUAUCACUACUACAGAUCGCUAGGAUGGGUGAUAAAGAGUGGUAUCAAGUUCUGCGUAGACAUUGUGCUCUAUAAGCGUGGCCCAGUCUUCCACCACGCAGAAUUUGCUGUCGUCAUUUGUCCAACAUACGAGGAUCAACGAGACAAAGAGUCGAGUCCAUUUGACCUGCACAAUUCGGACAAGCUCAGCUGGCAGUGGCUCAACACCAUAAAUAGGGUGAAUGGACAAGCUAAAAAGACUUUAAUUCUCGCGUACGUGCAAAUACCAUCCCAAGAAAAGGUUCGCAACCUCGAUGACCCGGCUAAACUGCUGGCCGAGUAUAGAGUGAAGGAGGUUGUACUUAAGAGAUUCGUAGCUGCCAGGAAUAGAGAUAAUUAG